AUGAGUGAAUCUGUUGGUUGGAGCGCUGCAGACUUAGCAACUGUACAUGCUGCUGUGAAAUCUGUAUUACAUCGACUACAACAACUAGCAGGUUGGAGAGCUGCAGACUCAGCAACUGAACAUGCUGCUGUGAAAUCUGUAUUACAUCGACUACAACAACUAGCAGGGUACUUAAAUUUGAAGUAUCAUACAUUCUCGGAUUGUUUAAAGUUUUGGAAAAAUUAUGAACUUCUAUCUGAUGAACAUGUGGAACUAGCUGCCCGUUAUACUGAACCAGUAAUCAUUCAGAGGAGCAAAGAGCAGACUGAGAAAUACUGUCAAGAAUAUGUGAGGUCUGCACGCUUCUGGAACAGGACAUCAUCUCAAUUGUUAUCAAAUGACAAGAAUCACAACAUCAGAAUAGAACAGCUGUUCAGUCCUGACUGUGAUGGAAUCACACCAAAAACUGUGAUUCUUGUUGGUGAUUCUGGAAGAGAAUCCUUCAUGUUAGAGAAGAUCAUGUUGGACUGGGCAUCUGGAGAACUUUACUCUGAAAACUUUGAUGUAGUUUUUCUUCUGAAGUUUGAUGAGCUGAAGUGUAUUUCUGACGAGAUUAGCUUGAAUCAGCUCUUGAGCUGGAGCUGCAGUUUAACAUCAGAUCAGAUCUCACAGAUACUGGAGUUAACACCAGAGAAAGUCCUUUACCUCAUUGAUGGAUUGGAUGAGUUCUCAUUCGAUCCACACAUUCAAAUUUCAUCGCCCACUGAUCCAUCCCAGAAAGCCCCAAUUAUGGACAUCCUUAACUGCCUGCUGAGGGAUCUCUUGUUACUUGAGUCAUCUGUGAUUGUCACCAUUAGAUAUACAGCUGCUGCUGAAUUAAGCAAUCUGUUUAAAAGACCUCAGCGUUUCACCGAGACCAUGGGUUUCUCUGAGAGAGGGGUGCAGGAGUACUUCCAGAAGUUUUUUCAGGAUGAGCAGCUCUUCAGGAAAACAUAUGAGAGUGUGAAGAUAAAUGAAAGCCUCCUGACUGCCUGCUCUGUGCCUUUGCUGUGUUGGAUGGUCUGUUUUUGUCUGAAGAAACACUUCACAGAUGAUGAUCAUGUGAUGAGAGAACUAAAGACAACCACCUCCAUAUAUGUGCACUUUGUGUCCACUCUACUGGAGCAUCAUGACCAGAGUCAGUCUGUCCUCAGGAGUCUGGGUCAGCUGGCAGAGGAAGGGGUCAAGAAGCAACAAGUCCUUUUUGAUGAAAAGAGUGUGGUCAAGACUUGCUUAAAUCCUGCUACUACUCUAUUCUUGUAUAAACAUGAAUCAUUUUUCAAGUUUAUACAUUUCCGUUUUCAGGAAUUCUUCACUGCUCUUUAUUAUGUCUUGCUGGAAGAAAAAGAGACCUGGUGGAAAGUCAGUGAGCUGUUUAACUUGAUGGAAUCAGAGGCUGUAAUUUACAGGUCAUCUCCAAUUUUUAGAGGUAGACUAUCAAAUCCCAUCCCUUCAGUCAUAAUGUUUCUCUGUGGUCUCUUUAAUGAGAAGAUAAGCAGCUCACUCUUUGAAAAGAUGAAGUCAACUGUUCCUCACACCAUAAAACUGAAGAAAAAGCUGAUGGAAAUUAUUCCUGCAAUGACACGGCAGUAUGGAUUAGAGUUAUUUGCUCUCCACUGUCUGUAUGAGUUCCAGGAUGAGAGAUUUGUCAGUGAAGCUCUGAAAACACACAGGUUCAUGGAUCUGUCUAACAUUUCUCUGAGGAGCACAGACUGUUGGGUGCUGCUGUACUGUCUUCAGUGCUGUCCACACAUCAGAGACCUGAACCUCAUGUACUGUGAUUUAACAGCCGAGAAACUCAAGAUUCUUCAGCCAGUGCUCUGUAUGUGUCAGACUCUGAGGUUGUCAGUAGAGCAUCUGUCAGAAGUUGGAGAUUUGAUCCAGAUACUUGGUGAAGCAAAAAUCUUGAGAAGGCUGAAAGUUCAGGAGGAUGAAUACAGUGCUAAGAGUCCCAGAUGGUCACUUGACCUGUCAGUCACUCAUGGAGAUGUCUUGUUGUCUUUGAGCUCCUCAGAGAAGAAUCCUUCAUUUCCAGCAGUCUUAAACAUCAGUCUUACAUGUCCACAAUCAGAGAUAUCCAGCACUGACUGGACACUCUUCUUACAGAAACUCAGCAAGACAGGAAAAGUAGCAGAAGUCUUUUCAGUUCUUGAUGAGCAUGUCAGUUUGCUGCUGUCUUCAUUUCACUCUGUGGGUUUGAAGAUGUUGGAUCUAAAGCUGGUCGUUCUAAAUAAGAGCUGGGCUUCUGGGAUCAUUUCCCUCGUCCAGACCUGCACCAGUCUACAGGAGCUCAGUGUCAGUGUCACUGGAUUGCUUUUGGAGGAGGGCCUCAUGUUACUGAAGAAAUCACUGACGGAUCCACACUGCUCUGUGAUCAUUGAAGGGAGGAAGUGCAGCAAACCCACAGUAGAUAACUGGAGUUACAGCUGUAAUGAGAAAGUGGAGAUUCACUUCAAACCAAAAGUUUUGAAAAAGCUGGAAGAGCUGACCAUCUCUAAGCCUAGCCCGCCUGGACUGAAUCUUCAGCCGCUCCCAGUGUGUCAGUCUUGUGUUCACAUUGUUGACUCUGAUCAGUGGGUUCAGGUGGAGCCGUCAGUCUGUACAGAUGAAGGAGGGUCAGAGUUCAGGAUCAGCACCCCGGCGGGUCGAUUCGAGUGCAGCAGGACCAGAAUGCGUUGGGUCUGUGCUGGUGACGUCACUCUCCAGUACCGUGCAGUGGAUGGACGUUUCCUCAGAGAAGAGCUGGAGAGGCUUCAGUGUGAGCGAAUUGGUCCUGUGAUUGAUGUGACAGUGAUCUCAGGGAAACUGGAGGAGGCUCAUCUGCCUCAUUACGCCUGUUUAGCAGAGUCAGACCCCUCUCUCACAGAGGCUGUGAAGGUCGUCAGUGUUAAAGAUGAGGGAAUGUCCUUGGAAUCAGUGGAGUUGACUCGUUUUCAUGCCAAAAUACUCCAACCAUCUUUUUCUCCUGCAACAUCAGUGCUUAUCAAACUAGGGAUAGCAGUGAAAGUUCACUGUGAUCUACUGAUCUUCAUGACACACAAGAACCCCAUCAUUCUCCAUGUGUAUUUUUUCCCGAUAGACUCAGUUUUUGAAGAAAAAAUUAAAACAGAGGAAAAAUCGAGUCAUCAAAUCAAUCUUUCAAGACCUGAAACCCCACUGCAGAUGAAGAAACAACACAGUCUUGAGGUUCCUGGUGCUUCUGUCCAACCCAAAGCAAUCAAGCUAAGAGGAGACAUCAAGCCAAACUUUUUUGAGGUCAUACAUCCUGUGGUUGAUGACAUCAAUAUGACUCUUAGCCGAGUGGAUGAUCAGAAAUCAGUUUGGACUGCAACAAUUUGCAAAGUUUUAUUUGGAUUCAUGUUGGUUAAUUCUGAAUCUAAUUUGUUUCAAACUGGACAAAAGCAUAAGGCACAACAAGUGGCUGUCAACUUUGAUAAAGUUCAGUUUUUUAAUAGAAAAUGGUGUGAUCUUAUUAAAAUCAUUGAGAAUGUGAACACCAUUGCAGACAAACUGCUUCAGAAGCAAAUCAUUCAUGAAGAAUUAUAUUCUGAAAUCAUACAUCCAACUUCAACCAGUGAAGCCAGCAUGAGGAAGAUCUGCAGCACAGUGCGAAAAGGUAGUGACACUGUGAAAGAAACGUUCAUCUCCAUUCUUCUGGAAGAACAUCCCAACCUUUUAAAUCAUCUGCCUUUACCUGAAUCUUAACCUUUUUUGCUUGAUGAUUCAUUUACAUUUACAUUUAAUCAUUUAGCAGACACUUUUAUCCAAAGCGACGUACAAAUGAGAACAAUAGAAGCAAUCAGACCAUCGAGAGUGCAGCAGUAUACAAGUGCCAUGACAAGUCUCAGUUUGGUCAGCACAGUACACAUAGCUAGUUUUUUUGUUUUUUUUAGAAUAUGUGUUAGUAUUAGUUGGUCAGGUACUGGCGAAAAAGAUGGCUAAAGACUCAGCUGUUGAAUUCCACCAGCUGGGCACAGAUUCAACAUUGUAUUUUAUAUGAUUUGGAAAAUUACAUGUAAACUGCAGGUGACUAAUGCACUCAAUAGCUCACACAACUAUAAUGCAGCUUUUGAAAAAAA